CACGUGUUGACUGACUACCAAAGUACGGGGCGCGCGCAUCUAACAUGAUCGCUAAGAUAUUCUUUUUGUGUUGCGCGUGUGCGUCGGUGAUGGCAGCGCCGGGUCUGUUCGACGGGUAUGGGUAUGCGGCACCAGCAUAUGCGGCACCGGUGGCUCAUGCUGUCGCCCCAGCAUAUGCGGCUCCGAUCGCGCAUGCAGUCGCCGCCCCGGUAGUCAAAACAGUGGCAGCUGUUCAUGCGGAACCCAUCGAUCCCAAUCCGGCCUAUAGCUUCUCGUACGGGGUCCAAGAUCCAGCGACAGGAGACCACAAAGACGCGACGGAGACGUUACAGAACGGAGUCGUCCACGGCUCUUACAGUCUGGUCGAGCCGGACGGCCACCUCAGGAAGGUUACGUACACCGCUGAUAAGAUCAACGGAUUCAACGCUGUAGUUGAAAGGACGGGCGGUUCACACGCGGUGGCCGCUGCACCCGUAGCUAAGGUCGUAGCUGCCCCUGUGGCCAUACAAGCAGCCCACAUCGGUCACGUGGCUCACCCCUGGGGCUAAAACAAACAACGUCCACAAUAUGCCGUGUUGCUUAACAUUCAUUUUAGGCUUUAACUCCUAAUAAGGUUCAAUGAUUUUCAGUCCAUAGACAGUGGCUAUUAGGUAAAGGAGAUUUA